AUGACCAAAGUGCUAAUUUUGCUCGCUAUGAUACUAAUCGUUAAUGGCCAAACAAGACCUACUCCAAAGUUCAAAGAUAUUCCUAUAAUUGCACAUGAAAAUGUUUUAGAAGUGGACGGAAAGUUUAGAUACAGUUACGAAGGUGGUGAUGGAACGCGAGCAGCCCAGGAUGGCCAGCAAAUUUUUGUGAAUAACCAAGCCGGUACCGCGUCGCAAGGACAGUAUACCUAUCAGGGUGAUGAUGGAAAGACUUACAGUGUGUCGUACACGGCAGAUGAAAACGGAUAUCGCCCGUCAGCGGAACAUCUUCCAACACCACCACCCGUGCCUGCGCCAAUUGCCAGGGCGUUGGCAUAUCUUGCAACACUGCCACCGCAGAAAGAGAACAAGCGAAAGUUUUAG